CUCGCAGUUUACGUUGGAGAGCCCGGAGAGCCGCGAUUCGCGUGUGUUGUGCGGUGUGGGGUUCACGAAAGCUGCGUGUAUUUGUGUCGUGUCUAGGAGUGCUGCUUUUUGAGUGGAGUGUGCUUCGUUGAAAAUUUUAGGGCGUUCAGCAAGUUACGCAGUGGAAGUUUUAGGCAUAAGGUUCUGCGUCAACGCCAGGCUGAGACUGAGACGCCAUCACUCACUGUCCAGCACGCCUCAACCGCACUCAAUUGGUCUUAUGCUCUGUUUUCUAGCUAUCAAAGGAUCCGCGUGAAGUGUCCACCGCCAACCGGCCGGGACGGGAAAGAUGAUUCAACUUGGACUCGUCCGCGGCGGGGGAGGCAGUUAGUGGCCAGCCGAACGUAAACAUCCCGGCGGAGGGCGCGAGGGGCCGUCGGCCGGCGGCCGCCAGUGAGGGCCGUGUUUUGGUGAUCGGUGCGCGGGGCGCGGGGUGCGUGCCGCGCAGUGCCGGGUCGCGGCAGUGGUACAGUGGUGCGGCCGCGGCGAACGAUGACGGCGCGUCGCUGACCGGCCGUGCAUGGUGUCCACUGGCUCGGUGGCCGGCCCCGCCCAGGCCCCGGACCAUGCGCUGGCGGACCGCGGACCAUGCGCGCCGCCCAGGGACCACAGCGCGCUCCUGAUGGGUCGCCAGCAGAGCAGCAGUAAGUACCAGCUGAGGUCCCGGCCGGGCCCGGCGCUGCCCCGGCAGACCGCCACAGGAGGCGCCGGCCGUGCCGAGCCCCCCUCCCCUGAAGACUCGCCGCCACCGGCCGCCGGAGACAUCUCAUCGCUGUCCUCGCGAUCUCCGAGCAACGGGCCCGACCUGCAGACCAUGCAGGCGCGCAUCCCGUGCCGGUUCCGGGAUGCCACCCAGGCGCCGCUGAGGAAACUCACCCUGGACCUCAUCAAGACGUACAAACACAUCAAUGAGGCCGUUGGUAACGUGCUGCCAUCUGUCACCGACCAGGUGUACUACACCAAGAAGCGGCGCCAGCAAAGCCAGCGAGAGGAGGGAGGUCACAGGAAGGAGCGUCGACUCUACAACGACGGCUGUGACGACGCCAACAACGAUUACAUCAUCCGAGCCGGCGAGAAGUUCGCCGAUAGAUACGAGAUCGACUCGCUCAUCGGCAAGGGCUCGUUUGGACAGGUGGUCAAGGCGUACGACCACGACGAGCAGUGCCACGUCGCCAUCAAGAUCAUCAAGAACCGGCGCUGCUUCCUGAAGCAGGCGCGCACCGAGGUGCGACUUCUGGAGAUGAUGAAUCGGGCAGACGCCGAGAACAAGCACUAUAUCGUGCGACUGCGGCGUCACUUCAUGUGGCGCAACCACCUCUGCCUGGUGUUCGAGCUGCUCUCCUACAACCUCUACGACCUGCUGAAAAACACAAAGUUCAGCGGCGUGUCGCUGACGCUGACGCGCAAGUUUGCGCAGCAGCUGUGCACGGCGCUACGCUUCCUCUCCUCGCCGGAGCUUCAGAUCAUUCACUGUGACCUGAAGCCGGAGAACAUCCUCCUAUGCAACCCCAAACGGUCGGCGAUCAAGAUCAUUGACUUUGGCAGCUCGUGUCAGAUCAACGAGAGGAUGUACCAGUACAUCCAGUCGCGGUUCUACCGGUCCCCAGAGGUCCUGCUCGGCAUCCCCUAUGACCUUGCCAUCGACAUGUGGUCGCUGGGCUGUAUCCUGGUCGAGAUGCACACCGCCGAGUCACUGUUCAGCGGCACGGACGAGGUGGACCAGAUGAACAAGAUAGUCGAGGUGCUCGGCAUCCCUCCCCGCUCCAUGCUCGACAUUGGGCCCAAGACGCGCAAGUUCUUCGAGAAGCUGCCGGACGGCAGUUACGUACUGCGCCGGACGGCCAGCGGCGACUCGCCGCGGGUUCCCGGCUCUCGCCACCUACAUACCAUCCUGGGGGUGGAGACGGGCGGCCCCGGCGAGCGGCGGCUCGGCGAGCUCGGCCACACGGUCGCCGACUACCUCAAGUUCAAGGACCUGGUGCUGCGGCUACUCGAGUACGACCCCAAGCAGCGGAUGACGCCGCUCCAGGCGCUGCAGCACAGCUUCUUCCGGAGGACGAGUGAUGGCAGCACCAACACGGGUGGUAGUGGAGGGGGAGCACCGGCGGCCGAGACGGCGGCGGCCGGCCGACACGCUCCGCCCGCCGACCCCGCCAGAGCCGCUCCCGCCGAAGCCUCGUCGGCGCGGCCCGAGCCGGCAGACCCGGCGCUGGCUGCGCCCGGCUCGUCGGCAGCGCAGACCGUGGCGAUGGAGUGUCAUUCUCCACUGCGGACGGCGCCCCCGACUGCCGGCUGGACGCGCGCCUACCGGCCGGUCGGCGCCGGCUACCGCGGCCACCACCCUCACCCGCGGCUCGUGCGGACCUCCGAACUGGCCUCCACAGAGGCCCUCUACGCCAACACGGCCCCCGCCGCCGAGCCGGCCGCCGCGCAGUACGCCAACGUCGGACCGUUCCUGCUGUCCGGCGGCGGCGCGCCCAGCGGCGGCGAGCCGGGCCGAGAGGACAGUCCGAUGCGCGGCGUGUGUGUGCGCCGCAGUCCGCUCAGCACCCACUGAGGCCGCGCCGCGCCGCCGCCGCGAUCAGCUCAUCUGUACAUAGCCACCGAUCUCAUCGUCACCGCGCCCUCGAUGACGUCACGCGCGGCAGUGGGCGCCCUCCUGUGAUACUCGAACGAACUGCCGGCGCAUGUCUGCCCGCGCCGGCGGCCGAGCGCCUGUCCAGCCGGCAGCGGUAUGUCUCACCAAUACACGACGCGCGUUACCCAGAGGGUCGGCCGAACCUA